AUGGACGCGUUUUUCCUAAAGCAUCAGCUGUUUACGCAGGACGUGAUGGUUCUUCUAGACCAGCCGAAGGAACAAGAAGAGGACGGGAAUGAAUACAAGAAAUUACAAUUGCUUAUAAAAACGCACGGAGGCGUUCUAUUAGAUCAACACGACAGCAACGACGCGCGUGUUAAUAUCGUACUGCUUGAUGGACGGAAUCAGGAUCAGAAUGAGCUAAAGAAUCGUUUUCCAUUGGCUGAAAUUGUAAAUGUCCAAUGGAUAAAGGACAGUAUUCAACAAAAUCGACGACUUGAGAUCCCAUCCUAUUGUAUCCAGGAUAAGCAACAUUUAUCCUACAGGAUGGAAUCUCAAGCAAUGAAGAAACAAAAGACUGUAGCUGCACAAGAUACGGCAGAUUUCAAUCCUAAAGAAGCAAGUGUAUUACAUUUGGAAGCUACAAAGCCACAGUUUAGGCCAUGGACGACGAUUCACAAAUCAGUCUAUGUCCUAGAUACUCGACCUCAAAUGCAAGAUGGAAAGCAAGCGACAGAUCAAAGCUACAAGGUUGCAGCUUUUGACCUGGAUUGCACGCUAAUUGUAACGAAGAGUGGAAAGAAGUAUGCACGGAAUCAUAACGAUUGGAAGUGGUUUCAUCCGACCCUUGUAAGGGACAAACUGGCCAAAUUGGCCCGUGACGGCUUCACACUGACCAUCUAUUCGAAUCAGAAUGGGGUUGCCCAAGGACACAUCACAGCGGCUCAAUUGCAGAAUAAGCUUGAGACUAUCGUGCAGCAGCUAGACCUUCCUGUGCUCGUAUUUCUUGCUACAGAGAAUGAUAUUAUGCGCAAACCUCGUCUUGGUGUCUGGAAGGAGCUGGCGAAGUUGUUGAGCGCAAAGGGUGAAGAUGCCAUUGAUAAGGAAGCUAGCUUUUACUGUGGAGAUGCUGCAGGACGACCUAAGAUUGCAGGGCGCUCGAAAGAUUUUGCUGCGACGGACUACAAGUUCGCACUAAAUGCAGGCAUUCGGUUUUUUACACCUGAAAGCUUUUUUUUGAUACAAAACAGCGAAUUCAUACAUGUCCCGAAACCACCUUUGCUGAUUCCCGCAUCAGCGCAAAUUGUAAAAGAAGAACAGGAAAUGGUUGUUCUUGUUGGUCCGCCAGCUUCGGGAAAAUCGUUCUUUGCAAACACGUAUCUGAGCUCUUACGUCCUUGUAAGUCAAGAUGAGUUGCGAACAGCUGCAAAUUGCAAAAAGAAGUGCCUGGAAGCAAUAGCGCAGCAGAAAAGUGUGGUUAUUGACAAUACAAAUUGCGAUCCACGCGCAAGAAAGGCGUGGAUUGAAAUUGCGAAGGAAAAGAAUUUGCCCAUCCGGUGUUUCGAAAUGGACGUCAACAAAUUGCUAUCGAUGCAUUUAAAUACGUUUAGAUGGCUAACCCAGCAGAAAAAAGUUCCGGAUGUUGCUAUUCAUGGAUUCUACAAGAAUUUUGUGUCACCAACGGAAAAAGAAGGGUUUGCUGAGGUGAUUAAGGUCCCAUUCCGAGUCAACAGAAACGUCUCCGACGUUGAUCAAGCAUUGCUGCUAUCUUAUGUUUCAUAA